UAUAGUUGGCUGUUCUCAAAGACAGGUUUAAAAAAAAGAAAAAAACUGAGUAGUAUUCAUUUCAUCUUGAAAAUUCCCUUAAAAUAUUCAUGUCUUCUUCUCCAGCUUCCAUUAUAAAUUCCUCAGUAUUCAUCCUCACAGGGUUCCCUGGCCUGGACAAGCACUAUCCUUGGUUCUCAAUUCCCUUCUCCUCAAUCUAUGCCAUGGUGUUCCUAGGAAACAGCAUGGUGCUCCAUGUAAUUCGUACUGAGCCGAGCCUACACCAGCCCAUGUUCUACUUCCUGGCCUUGCUGGCCAUCAUUGACCUGUGCAUGGGGCUGUCCACAGUGCAUACGGUGCUGGGGGUCCUGUGGGGGCUAAGCCAGGAGAUCAAUCUGGGUAUCUGCAUUGCGCAGACUUAUUUUAUCCAUGGUCUGUCUUUCACAGAGUCGGGAGUUCUACUUGCCAUGGCCUUUGAUCGCUUCACAGCAAUUUGCAAUCCUCUGAGAUAUGCAUCUAUUUUGACUAAUAGUAGAAUCAUUCAUUUCAUGAUGACCAUUUUGAUGAGAAGUUCUUUGUCUAUUCUUCCUGUCAUCAUUCGUUUAAAGUUCCUCCAUUACUGCCAUCCUCAUAUCCUCUCCCACUCUUUUUGUCUGCACCAGGAUCUACUCCGGCUGGCCUGCUCUGACAUCCGCUUCAACAGUUUUUAUGCCCUGGCUCUGGUGAUUUGUACCUUGUUGUUGGAUGCUGUCCUUAUUCUCAUCUCCUAUGUUUUCAUUCUGCACACAAUAUUGGCAAUUGCAUCCCGGGAGGAGAGGCUCAAGUCUUUGCAGACCUGUGUUUCCCACAUCUGUGCUGUACUGGUUUUCUACAUCCCCAUCAUUGGUCUCACCAUGGUACACCGCUUUGGAAAGCAUCUCUCACCUUUGGUUCAUGUUCUAAUGGGCAAUAUCUAUAUCCUCUUUCCACCCCUGAUGAAUCCAAUCAUCUACAGUGUAAAGACUCAGCAGAUUCGAAGCAGGAUGAAGAAAUGGUUUUCUCUAAAAAUGUUUUGACACUGUUGAAUCUCUGUGAAAAUACAGUGAAACUGUUAAAUUGGCAUGGGUAAGAAAGAUUUAAGGUCAAAAUAAUAGUGCUAGUUUCUAUAUGGGC